AAGGACGCUCGCCUUUUCUGGGUCAGGAACUGGGAAGAGAAUCACUUCCUGUGGCAGGACUACGUCACUUCCUUUCAAGUUCGGCGUUGGGCCGGUGCGUACCCACGCGGGUUCAACAUGCGUAUCGAGAAGUGUUAUUUCUGUUCGGGGCCCAUCUACCCCGGCCACGGCAUGAUGUUCGUCCGCAACGACUGCAAGGUGUUCAGAUUCUGUAAAUCCAAGUGUCAUAAAAACUUUAAGAAGAAGCGCAAUCCUCGCAAGGUCAGGUGGACUAAAGCAUUCCGGAAGGCAGCUGGUAAAGAGCUUACAGUGGAUAAUUCAUUUGAAUUUGAAAAACGUAGAAAUGAACCUGUCAAAUACCAGCGAGAGCUAUGGAAUAAAACUAUUGAUGCAAUGAAGAGAGUCGAAGAGAUCAAACAGAAACGCCAAGCUAAAUUUAUAAUGAACAGGUUGAAGAAAAAUAAAGAACUGCAGAAAGUUCAGGACAUCAAAGAAGUCAAGCAGAACAUCCAUCUCAUCCGGGCCCCUGUUGCAGGCAAAGGAAAGCAGCUGGAAGAAAAAAUGGUCCAGAAAUUACAACAGGAUGUGGACAUGGAAGAUGUUUCAUAAAAAUCUCAGUAUCUGUAACCGUUUCUAUAAGUGCGUUUGAAAAUCUCCUUUGGAAACUUAGAACUUCUGAAUUAUCAGUUUGUUUUUUAUGUAAGGUUAUGCAGUAUGAAAGGUGAUUAAAAAUAUGUCUUUCCUACAUUGCUAUCUGAAAAUUGUCAGAUAGUAUGGACGUUAGAUUGCAUCUCACUGUUAAACCUUCGCUGAUAUACUUAUGUAAAUCAUGAAAAUUCUGUUUGUAAAUACAGAAAUGAAUUGUGGACAUAAAAUGGUCAUGCCAUUUGGAUAAUGGCACUAGGCUGCAUUUAUGUAAUAACUAAUGACAAAAAUUCAUGGCUAGUGAUAUAUAAAAUAAAAUUUUCUUUGCAGUAGGAUAUUCCCUUUAUUAAUGUUAUAGAAGGGAUACAACGAGGAGCUGACAACCUGUAUGAUAAUUAGCCUCAAGUAAUAUCUUUAAAUUCCUUGUUUUGGUUUUUUGGUAUCUUAGAAGAUCAUAAUGGCCUCAUAUAUUGAAACCUAAUUAUGUUGGACUGUUUGACGUAGUCUAACUGUUCUGAGAGGUAGUUUGGAUGUUGGAGGUGAGAGCUGAAUUUCUGUUCCUGAAAUGGCACUAUGCUCUGUAAUUUCCACUGUGGCGAAUACUCAUUUCUAUUUUGAGAUUCC